UAUUUAUCACAAAAAUAAAUAAAUCGUAACGACCUACUAAUUGUAUAGAAAAUCGACCAUAAAAUUUCAUAUUUUUGAUGCGCCUGAAAAAAUGUUCUAUGUGUGUAAGAAUUCGUGAAGAAGUGACUACAAAAAGAAUAUCAACUGUGUUCAGAAGGUCUCAUAUAAUCAUUAAUGUGUGGAUUAUAAAAAGAAUUCAGUGAAAAUAUUUAAUUUUAAAUGCGUGUGCUUUAUGUUUAAUUAUAAAAAUAUUCCCAUGUAUGUCUAAUUUGGUUUGUGCAAUUGAUUUCGAGAGUUAAGAACACAGGAUUACGUUAAUGGCGACUAAAACUUAGAAUUGAUUAUAAACAAACGAUGAAAAAUAGUUAAUUGGAUGAUAAUGAGGUAAGGGCUAAAGCAGGUCCCUCUGUUAAUGCCUACACGAUUCAACACUAAUACAUACAAAACUAUUGUAGCAAUAUUUAAAAAAAAAAUAAAGGAAAAAACAAGUUGCAGUUACUAAAGUUUUGAUUUCUCAAAACACCCAUGGAUGUAACUAGCUAACGUUUUCAGUAACUUUGAUAGAAGAUCUAUUUAUUUUACUUAAGUCUGUACCACGAACACAGUCGUGAAGAUUGCAGUUUAAAUUAAAGAAAAUUUGGAAUUAAAUACCUACAUAUGAAAAAUGGCGCGAUUGAAAAAACAGUCAGCGGAAGAGCGAAGAGCAAAAGCGAGGGAACGUACGAGGCUCAAUAGAAUAGGAAAGGAUCGUUCUGCAGAAAUAGCGCGAGAUAAUAUAACUCGUCGAAAACGUCGUGAAAGCCAGCUAUAUCGAAAAAAAGAACAAGAAAGAAAUAAUGUAUCACGAUUAAAAAGAAGAGAGGAUCCUGAGUACAGAAAGAAGGAGCAACAGAAAAAUACCGAAGCCCAUGCUAGACGACGAUUAGAUCCUGAAUACAAGAAAAAGGAACAACAAAGAAAUACAGAUCAUCGUCGCAAACGGAGGCAAGAUCCGGAAUAUCGUGCAAAAGAACGAGCUAGAGACCGUGAGCUGCGCAAAAAACGUCGUCAAAAUCCUGAAAUCAAAGCUGCUGAACAAGAAAUAAAUACUUUAAAGCGCACACUUCGUCGACUCCAAAAUGAAAAGGAAGAGGAAGAAAGAAUAAAACGUGGUGAAAUAGAUGAAAAUGCACCGAAGAGGAAACGUCGCAAAGGAAUAAAAAAAGAAAUAACCUCUCCAGUGCCAGAAAAAGUAAAAACUUACGAUUUACCACCAGAUCCUUUUGAACUGGAUGAUAAGGAAUUUUUAAUAGAAGACAUUGAUUGUCAUCAAAUAUGUGGUACGAAAGCAAUUGAAGUUGAUGACCACCAAGAUAAUCAAGAAGUAGUGGUUCAGUAUGUAGAAGAACUCAAUGUACAACAUGAUAUGGAAAAUGUUGAACAAUCUUCGGAAAAUGUUGCUGAUGACAUUAUAGAAAAAGAGUUUAUAGAGUUGGUUGGUGGUGACCAAAUGGACAAUAUAGUGUAUGAAAUUAUUAAUGAACUGGGAUCUACACAAACAACAAAGGCACAGAUAGUAGACACUGUUGAGUUGUUAGCAGAAGAAAUAGAAGGUACAAAUAUUCACACCGUGUUUGAGAAAAAUAAAAAUAAUAAUGUCGAACAUAUAACGCCAUCGACUGAAUUAGAGAAUUAUGAAUUGUUUGAGGAUAUGCCUUUGGUGUUAAGGAUUAAGUCAAAAGGCACUCCAAAAUCUAAAAAGAAAUCGUCUAAAAAAUCAGAAAAAAUUGAAUAUGAAACUUCGAAAACUUCUACAGCUCUUCUGGACUUAGAUGAUGAAAACUUAACCACUAGUAACAUCACAAAAAUUAUUAAAGUUCAAAGUGCAGAUGCUGUAGAAUAUGAAUCGUGCAGUAAAGCAGUGAAACAUAAGGAAUCGGAUCUUGGAUUUACAACGCUAUUAGAGGAAGAAAGCAUUUGUGUUAUAAAUGAAAGUGAAGCUCAAGUUACUAGUUUGGAUGAAGAAGUUAGCGAUAUGCAUAGUCUGGAAGUUUAUGAAACUCAUGAAAGUGAGGAAUUGCAAACUAUUACAUUGGUUGAAGUAAAUGAAGAGAUUGUUGAAGAUGUCGCUCCGGAAGACAACAUAUCUGAUGAGAUCAAAAUUUCACUUAUGCUUGCUUUGAAUGAUAAUGGUAAUGACGAAAAAAAUCCUCAAACAAAUGAUAUACAAUCAAUUGCUGGGAAGAGUAAUAUAUCAGAUAAUUUAUCUAAUGAUGUCAGUCCAAGUAAAAAGUUGAUUCAAAAUCAGAGCAAAGUUCAGCAGCAUGAUAAGAUAAUGGACGAACUACUGAUAAAUGAAAAUCCAGAACUUUAUUAUUCACUAUCUGAGGAUAAUAAUAAGAAUACUCUCAAUUCUGAUGAAGAUGAAGACUCUGAUGAGGAAGAAACUACAGUUUAUAACUUUUGCGGCGAUGAUAUAGACAAACAGUGUGAAAAUGAAGUAGAAUCUACUCAUUCAUUGCAAUCCGAUGAUGACGCAAUACAAGUACACACCAUAAAUAUUGAGACCAAUUCAAUAGAGGAAAAUGAAACUGAUGAGGAAACGUGCAAAGAUACCUUACAUACGCUUGAUGAUGAAGGAGAUAUCAUAGAAAUUCAUAAGCGUCCACCAAGUAUAAUGAAAGAGAAUCGUCACCGCGAACACAGUUGGAAUGAUAAGAAAUUUUCAAAAGAUGUUCUGAUUGGUGCAAAUUCCCCAGAGAUGGGCAGUGACUAUACGAUACCAGAAGUAACUCUGCAAUACCUUCAAGACCGGCUAGAGUCAUCAGAAAGUUUACUGUAACAAAUAUAUUCGUGAUUUAACUGGUGAUACUCCAAUAUUUGUAUAUUAACCAAUCAGUUCAAAAUUUUUGAUAGCUCAGAAAUGUUUUGGAACGUUUACUAAAGUAAAUCCCAAAUUCUCUUUAGUUUAACUUCUUUAGUUUAACUUUUGCUAAAAGUUGUAAAAUAAGUAAAAAUAUUUAAAACUAAUAGUUCCAAAGCAGAUCCUUAUCAGUAAAAGA